CCUCCACUCUCCAAAACCGAAAGGGAGGAAAGGGAGGACUUGCUAUUCUAUUUAUUUAUUUGAACGGCAAGGAGAUCUUUACAGUAAUGGCCGUCAAAGUCUCUAGUUUUCGCGGGCACAGACUCCUUCACGAACCUCCUGCCAUCAAUGAUGAAGAUUUGCUUCCGUCGGAGCCAAAGAAACCAAAAACUUUAAAAGAAGAGUCUCUGAAGGCGAGGAAGGAGGUGAUGUGUGAUGAUAUAUACAAGACUGAUUCAUCUGAGAGGAUAGUGUGUGCUUCUGGUCAGUAUAUGUUCACUGAUACUGGAGCAAGAUACUUGGACAUGAGAAAUAAUGUACACCAUGUUGGUCAUUGUCAUCCAAAAGUUGUUGAAGCAGGUGUCAAGCAGAUGAUGUUACUAAAUACUAAUUCAAGGUUCCUGCAUGAUGGUAUGGUCACGUUAGCUAAGCGUCUCUCGAGCAAGAUGCCUGGUAAAUUAAACUGCUGCAUCUUCACUAAUUCUGGUUCUGAAGCUAAUGAUCUUGCUUUACAAAUGGCUGAACACGUCACUGGCCACUCGGAGAUCAUCGCUGUCAAGGGAGGUUAUCAUGGCCAUCUCAAGUCACUGAGGGCCAUCAGUUAUCAUCCUCUGGCUAUUGUUGACGGCCAGAAAAGGCCAGAAAAUGUCCACCUGGUUUCACUCCCUGAUACUUUCAGAGGUCAGUAUCGUGAUCCUCAUACAGCUGGUCCUCUUUAUGCCAAAGAAGUAAAGGAAGUUAUUGAAACAUGUCACAAUGAAGGAAAGAAGGUUGCUACCUUCAUAUCAGAGCCUAUCCUUUGCUGUGGAGGUAUUGUUGUAUCUCCUGAAGGAUACUUAAAGAAUGUGUAUGAGUCAGUAAGAGCAGCUGGUGGCUUGUGUAUUGCUGACGAGAUCCAAUCUGGUUUUGGUAGAGUUGGGACACAUUUCUGGGCCUUUGAGCAACACGGUGUUAUUCCAGAUAUUGUUACCAUUGGUAAACCAAUGGGUAACGGUCAUCCGGUAGCAGCUGUCAUUACAACAAAGGAAAUUGCUGACCGCUAUGCUGCGACUGGAGUAGAAUACUUCAACACUUUUGGAGGUAACCCGGUUUCAAUGGCAAUAGCAUCGGCAGUCCUGGAUGUCAUAGACGAAGAGAAACUUCAAGAGAGAGCGGAGACAGUCGGUGGGUACCUGAUGAAGGAGUUACGAGAGGCACAGAAAGACUUUAAACAGAUUGGGGACGUUAGAGGCUCUGGAUUAAUGGUUGGAGUGGAACUGGUGAAGGACGGGGAGCCAGACAAGGAACUGGCUAGUAUUGUAGCCAAAAGGAUGUCAAAUGAGUUCAUGAUCUUUAUACUAACCGAUGGAAUGGAUGGUAACGUUUUAAAGAUAAAGCCUCCGAUUUGCAUUGACAAGGAAAACGUUGAUCAUUUUGUUUCGUCGCUCAAGCAGAUCCUCAGUACAUCUUAAAGUAAUUGUCUCUAAUCCAGCAGGACUGAUCUUUUUAGUGUUUAAUAAUUAUUAUUAUGUUCCAGCGAUUGUUUAGCAGAAGGAAAUAUUUGCUCUAUCCUCUGUGUUUAUCUACUUUUAUUUAUUUAUCUUUCGCUAUUCGUUUUAGAAUGGCUUCAUUGUA